CAAAAAUAAAAUUACUAAUUUCGCUAUAUGGAUAUAAAAUUAAAACAUUAAAACUAAUAUGCUUUUGCUGUAAGGUAUUUCCAUGAACAUUUAUGUGCAAGCGGACUAAUGAUGACAUCGAUAUCGUUAUGUGAACUAUGCAAUAAAUCUUCUAGUAAAUAUUGUUGCCCGCGAUGUAACAAAUUAUACUGCUCAUUGACUUGCUACAGAUCAGAAAAGCAUCUACAAUGCUCUGAGACAUUUUAUCAAGAAUGUGUUAUCAAAGAAUUAAGUACUGUGAAUAAAUGCCCACAAAAAAACAUAAAGCAGAUGCUAUAUUGCAUGAAUCGUGAUUAUGAAGAAACUGAUGAGGAUCAGGAAUUGCUUGAUUCUGAUGAGGAAGUAUGUGCAAAUUUAGCCGAGAGAUUGUCCAAUUGUGAUUUAAAUGAUGCACAAUUGGUUUGGAAUGCUUUGAACAAUGAUGAACAUCAAGAAUUUCAAAGUUUACUUAAUUCCAAAGAAAUUUAUAAUUUGGUUCCAAAAUGGAAUGCUUGGUGGGAAUGUGAUCAGGAGAUACGACUUAUAGAAGAAAUUUCGGAAGAUGCUGCAACAAAUUUGGAACAUCCACCUAUUAAAAAUAUUAUAGACAUCAAAAUUUCAACAUCACAUCGACCAGCUGCUGUAGUGAAAUAUAAUAUUAUAAAUGUAUUAUCAGCGUACACAUUAACUGCUAGGUAUUUUAAUGGAGAGCAUCAUGAAAAUUGCUUGGAAUCGAGUAUUUAUUUAUUAAACUUAUCAAACAAUUUAUCUAACAACGAAAAUUUUAACAAUAUUCAAGAUGCAAUUGCUUCUGUUCAUUCAGCACAUAAUGAUGAAAGUUUAGGAUAUGAUAUUCUGCAAUUAGAUUUGAAAAGUAUCUUAUUCCCAAAGGUCAAACAAAAUAAUUGCUAUAUUUUAUGUGCUUUAUCCGAUGCUUAUAAACUCUUUGAGAGUAGUGUGCAAAUUAUUGGACCACACAAACAAAAUGAACCAGAACUCAAAAAUCGAAUUUUACGAUUUUACAAAUAUGUUUGUUUGUGUGAUUCUGAUUGA